AUGCCCAAGCGGCUUUUCAAGAAACUACGGCGACCCAAGGAGAAAACACUGUCGGAAAAUGAAAUCAUACCGAAAGAGGAGCAUACAACUUCACCAGAGAAGUUAGAAUGCAAGCCAGAAGAGCUCCCCCACUCGACCUCUCAACCCAACGAUCUCUGGACCUUGGCCGAGCAAAAAUUGAAACAGAACCCUGAAUUGGCCGAAGUUCUAUCGGAAUCGAUUAGUAUACUGGGAUUUGAAAAUAGUCAUGAUGUGCAACACGGUGAUCCAAGUUACCACAAACAACUCUGCAAUUUCCUUAAUGCCAAAGCAGCCGAAGUCGAAGCCGAAACCGAAGCAAAAAAAUGGGUAGUUCGCCUGGGCGACCAUAGUAUUGUUGUGCGAGACCAGCUCAACAAAGUGUUCAAAAACAUCCUCGCUGUUAAGGAGGUUGUCAGUACGGCUGCAAGUGCGAGCCCGCCCGCCUCCAUCGCCUGCGCUGGUGUCAUGGUGUGCUUUACGAUGAUCCUUCAAGCAGUAGAACAGCAUGCCGUCCUUCUACGAGGAUUAGACCUGAUUUCGGAGUCCAUGGUUCGACUUCGCGCGAGAGAAGAUCUGUACUUGACCUCCCAGACGGGCCAGGAAACAGAUCUCGUCAAACAACUUAAAGAGUUUUUGACCUCUCUUUGCUGCAAGAUCCUUGAGUUCCAGGCUCGCGCGCUCUGCUAUUUACAUAGACGCUCAGCUGGGCAGUUUCUAAGAAACUUUUUGGACUCGGAUGGUUGGGCUAGCCUGUGCCAAGAUAUUGAGAGACAUGAAAAGUCCAUCGAAACUACAACUUCCCUCAUGGAAGCCAGAGACACAAGGCAGAAGCACCAAGAUCUUCUAGAACGGAUUGAAGUGAUCCGGAAUGCUGCACACCAACGCGAUCUAUGGGCGACAACAUCGGCUCGAGAUGAAAGGAUCAAAAAGUUUCUCAAGUUACUCUACACUUGCCCCUACAAGGAUCGAAAGAACAGAAAUGAUAAGCGUGUGCCCGGAACAUGUGAAUGGUUCACAACACAUGGUACCUUUCAAAGGUGGCAACAGAGUUCUCCCAAUGACCUCGCUGGUCUCUUAUGGGUCUCAGCCGAUCCAGGUUGCGGCAAGUCAGUCUUAACCAGAUACCUAGUUGAUGACCUUCUUCUCAACGACAAUGAACGAACCGUCUGUUAUUUCUUCUUCAAAGAUGACUUUACGGACCAGAAAAGUGCAACAGGUGCACUGGCAGCUAUCUUACGUCAACUGUUCAUUGCACAGCCACAGCUUUUACAAGAUAGAGACCUAGAUAAGCUGGAGACUGAUGGAGAAAAGCUUGUUCAAUCACGGGUUGAGUUAUGGAACAUGCUUAUAUCUGCUGCCUCUCGUCUAACGACCGGAGAAAUUAUUUGCAUUCUGGACGCAUUAGACGAGUGUCAGGACCAUGCCCAGCUUAUCAAAGAAGUUAGGGAGUUCUACUCGGGACAACACCGACAAAGCAAGCUCAAGUUCUUGAUGACAAGCAGACCAUACGACCACAUACGUCGUGGAUUCUCGGAUCUUGAGGCAAGACUACCUACGAUUCACUUGAGCGGUGAUGGCGAGGAAGAAGUCCAGCAAAUAGCUCGUGAGAUCAACCUCGUCAUUGAGAAAAGAGUUUUUGAUAUCAGUAAACAAAGAUCGCUCGAGGAAGCCGAACGCAGUAUGCUCGAGCGCCAACUGACUGCCGCUGAGAAUAGAACCUACUUGUGGGUUAGUCUUACCAUGGAUGUUCUCGAAAACAAGACCGGAUUGACGAAAGGCGAGGUCCGCCGGGUUGUACAGAAUCUCCCGGAAACCGUUGAAAGCGCCUAUGAAAGAAUCCUGGACCGGAGUGCGGACAAACCUAAGGCUAAAGUUCUUCUUCAUAUUAUUAUAGCUGCGGUAAAGCCGCUCUCACUGGAAGAGCUAUCUCUGGCCUGGGCAAUAAAAAUUCAUGCACAUUGCGAAACCCUUCCAGAUUUAAGUGAAGACAUCGAACCGAAAGAGCGCUUCAGACAGACUCUCAGGGAUUUGUGUGGCCUCUUCGUCGUUAUCAUAGAUGAAAAGGUUUACCUCCUGCACCAAACGGCGAAGGAAUUCUUGGUCUCGCGCGACAGUUUCGCUUUUGAGAAGAUUAAGUCUGAAGUUACA